AUGCACAGGCGAGAGCGCGGGCUGGUUGCGGUGGCGCUGGCAUGCGGUGUGGCGGCGGUGGCCGUGGACCUCGAGUACCACGUCCACGAGUGGGGACUGCCGACAGUCGCUGCCCUCCGCCAUGCACUGCUCUCGGCGCCGGCAAGCGUGCUCGCUCGGCUGGCGUCGGCUUGUGGCUUUGAGAUUUUCCUUCCCCUCGUCCCUGCGCUCAUCUGGUCCGGAUCGCGGCGGGCCGGCGCGCUGGGCCUCCGUCUCCUCGCCCUCCUCCACUACUCGCUGCUGCUUGUCUCGCUCGCCAAGACCUGGUUCCGCGAGCCGCGCCCGCUGCAUCUGCUCCGUGAGCACUCGGGCUCCGGAUCGAUGGCGGUCGACGGCGCCUCGGCGCUGGACUCAGUCGAGUACUCGUUCCCAUCAGGCCACUCGUGGGCGACAACCGUGGCCUGGCUCACUGUCGUCGACACGUACUCGGCGAGCUACGCACAGCUCCGCUGGCUGGCAGCCGCCUGCAUCGCCGCCACUGCAGCAUCGCGCGUCUACUUUGCCCUGCACUUUGUCCACGACGUCGGCUCGGGCAUCGCGCUCGGCGUCCUGACCUUCUUUGCCGCGCCGAGCCUGCUGAGCGACUCACGCCGAGCCCUGGCCGCCCGCCUCGUUCUUCUCGCCACCGCCGGCUACGUCCUUAUCGCUGCCUUUGAGGCCCACCACCGCCAGAAGCAGCUUGGUGCGUGGUACUCGCUAGGAGCACUUGUCACCCUCGCCUUUGUCCCGCCGCGCGCGCCACUGCUCGACGCCGCCGCCGCCGCCAAGCCUGGGCUCUCACCAUCGCGCCUGGCCUGGCGCCUGCUCGUCGGCCUCACCCCACUUGGUCUUGGUCUUGGCCUCAUCUUUAUUCGCGUUGUCCGCGGCCAACGCGACACCGAGCUCGAGAUCAUCCUCCUCCUUGCUGGCGCUGCCGGAGCCACGUGGGUCACUGUUGGAGCACCGGCCGUCUUCCGCCGUCUCAGUCUCGCCUAA